AUGAACUACUACUCACAACCUGGUGCGACCUUUGCGGGCUCGCAAUGGGCCCAGGAUAACCAGCCAUGUGUGCCUCCGGCCACUCUUCAAGACUUCAUUUAUGCUUUCCCAAAGCCCAGGCUAAGCGGGCGUAUCACCAAACCCCGUAGUGCCGGGAACAGUCCUUCUUCUACGGGCAGGCGGAGGACCACCACGAUGCACAGCUCGCCUAUGUAUCGCCAACUGCCCAACCAGGAUUAUCAGGCUUCUCUGAGUGCAGCUCUGCUCAAAUCUGUUGUCCAGCAUGGACGCCGCUCACGACCUAUGAGCUGGCACCCAGCAUCAAGGCAGCCGGAAUAUCCACCACCAUCGCACUAUGAUCCUUCAACUAUGACGAUAAACACAUUUAAUCUCCCAGUUACGCAGGCCUGCCCUCAGCCACAGCAACCAAUGAGUGGUGCCUUUAAUGAUGAAAAUUCUAUGCUGCGAUCAUUCGCCCCAACGGAGUUUCCAACUUCGCAGCAGAUGACUCUUCCCACCGCUGGAAACCAACUUCCUUUCCUCCAAGACACAUCUUUCUUACAAAUCAACAACCCUCAAGCAGACGGCACUUUCUUCGACGGGUCGCACCCGGGAUUAUCAACCCUUGCACAACCAAUUUCAAAUGACUGGCCAUUCGAUAUGGUAUCAAUCAACCAGAGCGUCCCAUCCGUAGGGGUCCCACCCUCAAACUAUGGAAGUGUAUCGUCCGGACGCCUGACUGAACCAGCCACACCUGACUUCCUUCCCAUUCAACAAUUCAGUGACGACGCUGAUCCGCAGCCGAUGUCCGCGUUAGAGAAGCCUGACCCGGAAGAUGAGCUCGUCGGAAUGGGCCUUUACAACAACCCAGACGCAUUCACCGAUGAACCAUUGCAAGGAAUGAAUGGCAAGGGGCUGAAAUUGGAAGAGACGUUCACACCGUCUUCGGAUAACGAGGCGGACAAUGAAGCAGAUUAUGACGAUGACGACCAACCAGAAUUGAACCAGGACUGCGCAAGUCAACAUCAGCAACAGCACUCGCAUCAAAAUGCGAGCAAGCAACCGACUAAACCGGCUGAGAGUAUGGUGCAAAAGUCCUUUUUCUUUGAUGACGACUUUGAACAACCCUCUAUGGGCGAUUACCGACCUUCCUUCAACAUUGCAGCUCCAUCUUGCAUGAAUUACGGGUACGGAUGGAUUUGA